AUGAGCAUGAGAAUUGCACAAAAUGCUAUACAGCAGUGUACUAAUCUGCGAAACUUAAUAGCCAAACUAAGAGAGAUAGUAACUUGGUUUAAACAAAACGAUGCAGCCAGUAUCAAAUUAUGUGAAGCAACCCAGAAAGGAACGAAAUUGAUACAAGAGGUCCCAACGAGAUGGAACAAUACUUAUUAUAUGAUCGAGCGAUUUUUGGAGCUUCGCAGUGUGGUCAAUAAUAUAAUCAUUCGUCAUAAAAAUGCACCACCAAUGCUAACUGCGUCAAAAUUAUCUAUUCUUUUUUCGCCUCUUGAAGUCGAAGAGUCUCUAUGCCAAGAAUUGCAGUCAUUGAUCCUGGGAGAGAUUGACAAGAGGAUAGGUGUCAUAGAGAGAGUAACUCCUCUCGCUAUAGCCACAAUCUUGGAUCUCAGUACAGAGACCGUGGAAUCUGAUUCUUCAGAUCAGUCUGAAAAAGCAGAAGAAAAAUUUUCUCUGUGGGAAGAUCACCACAAAUUAGUCCAAAAGAGCUGGAAAACGGUGAAAUCUGACGAUUCUAUUAGAGAUGAACUAUCUAUUUACUUACGUAGCCUAGUAGGCAGAUUGAUUGAGAACCCUUUAGACAUUUGGAAUGAUCCCAAGAUUCAGCUCCCUAAACUACAUACAAUUGUAUACAAAUACUUAACCAUGGUAGGAACUUCAGUCCCGUCUGAACGUUUGUUUUCUAAAGCAGCACAAAUCGUCAAUCAACAACGAAACAGACUGAAAGGCAAACGUUCAAAUAAACUGUUGUUUUUGCAAAGUCUCUCAAAAGAACACUGGGAAUAG